CGGAUGAAAUGUAGGGCGGACACGAGCUACGAGAAUGUAAGAACUAGCAUAGCUAUCGUAAUCAUAUUUCAAAUUGACAGUGACCAUAAUUUCUUACGUCUAAAUAACACAAUUUGCACUCGAAUAUGCUACGUAAAUGUUGAACUGUAAAACUGCAGGACAUUGAUGAACGCUAGAAAUGAUACUUGUUAGCUCACUGUGAUGGGUGACUUCGGACUAUCAAGUUAGCUCGCUAAACUAGUCAGAAGUUCUUGGCUAGUUGUGACUUGCUGCAGUGACUUAAUGUAAUUUCAUUCAGGCAACCCGUUACCAACGUAUUUAGCCGAUAAUUUGCUGGUAUUGCCAUGGAUCAUCAGCAUAAAGAUAUUCUUCGUAAACACAGACUGGAUCUUUCCUCAAGCAUUAGUACAGACGACACUACUAUCGUGCAGUACCUGUACCAGGAAGACAUCCUAACAUUGAAUCACGUUGAUGAGAUUCAGCGACAAAGCUCUAGCCAAAAGAAAACUUUAAUGUUGCUCGACAUCCUCCCAGCCCGAGGGCCGACAGCCUUCGGGAAAUUUCUGGAGGCUUUGGAGGUGGAAUAUCCAUGGGUGCAGGAGAAGCUGUUGCAGGGACUGGACAACAACACUGUCAAAAUCACGGGAACAGACCACUGGGCUGUUUCGGAGUCUGUUCUGCAGUCGGUUCCGUCCGAGCGCCAGCUGAACCGGUUGGCGGGUCGCCUGGGUCCUGAGUGGGAGUCCGUCCUGCUGGACCUUGGCCUCUCCACCGAGGACGUGUACCGUUGCCGUGCCAACCACCCUCUGGCCGUGCAGAGCCAGGUUCUGGCGGGCCUGGUCCUGUGGAAGCAGCGGUCCGGAGCGAGGGCCACGGUCCGAACGCUCGUCCAGAGCCUGCAGGCCGCAGAACUGCACCCCUCCGUACUGGACCAAGUGCUUCUGUGACCCAGGACCACAUCCUCCGCCCCAUCACCUGCAGUGCUGUUAGCCUGCAGGACACCUGCAAAGCACUGCAGUGCUGUUAGCCUACAGGACACCUGCAAAGCACUGCAGUGCUAUUAGCCUACAGGACACUUGCAAAGCACUGCAGUGGUGUUAGUCUACAGGACACAUGCAAAGCACUGCAGUGGUGUUAGUCUACAGGACACAUGCAAAGCACUGCAGUGCGGUUAGCCUACAGAAGGGGUUUCAAUGUUUUUGGUGCCAAGGACCCCUUUUGGGAGACCACAUUUUCCGAAGACCCCUUCAUAACCAAUCGCUUGACAACAUGGACUGACUCAAACAUUUCUACACAUUCGUCAGCUAGCUGCCUGACAAAUAAACUAAAUUAAGCAGCUGGAAUGGUUCUUCAUGACCUGGGUGAAGUAAAAUGUUAAUAUGGGUAGUAGUACCAAAUGUUGUUGUUGUAUACAGGACCAAGUACACCUGCAAAGCACUGCAAAUUCAGAUGAUUAGGUCACACUCACAGCAUUCACAUACCACUAUUAUGUUGCCUUCAACCACUCACUCUUAAAGCACUGAGAACAGUUACAGCACCCAACGCAGUAAGAUGACGCUCUCUGUGGCCCUGUCAGACUUUGUGCCUGCCACACUUUAGCUCAUGCGCUGACAUCCGUCUGUGCCUGCCACAAUUCACUCCAUGUUGUGCCUUGCCAUUCUAGGACAAAUCCUGUGUAUCAAAAGUCCUUCAGUUAGAGGACCCAGGACUCUCCGCUUCCACAUGCUACUCUACCGUACCCUUGGCCACUCCAUGGUCUUUAUAUAUGAAGUACAGUAUGUGUAAUAUACUGUACGUGUGGAGGACCAAAUACAUUCACAUCAGUCACACCACCAUCUAAUAGUGGGACUAUGCUGGACCCUGCAGAACUACUGCCGUUUGGCAGAUUACUUAUAGUUAUAGUUAUGGUUAUGCUAUUUAGCAGGGGGGGGCGGGGGGCAUAGGGAUGACUAACCACCCCCCAUCCCCCCCGUCCCCAUAAUGUAAUGAACAGGAAGCAGCUACAGGACUAGCAGCACAUUCGGUUACAGCAUCAUUCAUAGUGUCUAUUUCAACUGGCAUUAUUAGUAAAACAGAUACCUAUUCAUGGAUUACUCAUGAAAUUGAAAAGCUACUGAUUUGUCGGUCAUCUCUUAAAAUUCUUUUGACAAAGUGGAACAACGGAGAUAUCUUUAGGUCUACAUAGCAUGAGGAUAGCAUCCCAGUGAAUCUUUUCCCCCUCACUAUUGUCAGAGACGGUUUAUAAAGCGAGACGAGUCAUAUGAGGGUCAAUCCUGGUGUCCCUGUGACGUGGUGCCACUCCCAUUUAGGAGGCAAACGGGAGAAAUAAACCUUAUCUCGGAUUAUGACCAUUUCCUUAGCCCUACAUUCAGCAAUGCAAGUAACGAACCCAUAUUCUACAAGGCACACGUCUUUCUAACAUUCCCACAUUGAAAUCGUAUUUUCCAGCGUGAUAAAUACAUAGAAAAAUAACUUUGUUCACGACCUGUCCCUCCUGACCUGACCUGUCUCCGCUAAUUGCGCAGGCCACCUGUUAUCAACGGCACACUGCUUCUGCUGCUUCUACACUGAUCUAAACCGAUUACUCGUCACUGAUCACGCCCAGAUAGGAGGCGGAAGUGGGCACCAUUUCAUUCCAUUGAAAACACCCUUUAUGAUUCAUCUUCCUAACUAUACAAUCUUUGCUAUUGUUUGUGAAUGCAAAGGAACUGUGAGUCCUAUCUGGGUUCCCGUAGCCCAGCUGGAUAGAGGAUGGAGCUGACCGCUCCGGGGGUCAUGGGUUCGAUACUAUACUUAGAAGAAGCAUGUGUGUGACGUGUGUGACGUGGUCACAUGCUAUGGUCGCGUGUGUGUGAGUGUGUGAGUGAGUGAGUGAAUGAGAGAGAGCGAAUGUGCUUGUUUUUGCUCUUGUUUAAGUGAGUUUGUUUACACAUUCAGCCAAUGUGUCCUGUGUGCCCUGGUGUGCCCUGGUGAACCCAUCCACUGGCAUCUGUUAACCUCACCUCUCCUCUCUCUCUCACACUCACACACACACACACACACACACACCACCCCCGCUCGCCCUUGCCCUGCACUUUCAAAAACACACUCUCAUACAUGCUUCUGACCUGGACUUUACACAGGAACUCGGCAAACUCCCCCACUAACCGAGGCGAUGGUACAGCACUCAAUCAGGCGUUGUGUGUGUGUGGCUGGUUAGGGGUGGUGUGUGUGUGUGUGUGUGUGGCGGGUUAGGGGUGAUGUGUGUGUGUGGUGUGUGUUUAGCGGGUUAGGGAGGGGUCGGACGUCCUCCUUUUUAAAUUAUUGACAAGAAGCCACUUGUCUGUUUUCCUUCUGUUUACUAUUUCAGGAUUACACGUUAUUACAUAUACAUGCAGAAUUACAUUUACACAUUUUCCCCCUCAAUCUAAAUGAAAUGUAGAGACACUUUUAUUGCAGAGUAGAGUGGUUAGAUGCUACUGUAACUGCAUUUCACUGGCUCUGUACUCAGUGACAAUAAAGUUGAUUGUAAUGUCAUUUAUUCUAAUCUAAUGGUUUAAUACUCUCAUUUUGGAGGUGUGUGUUAAUGAACUGUAAUGAAAGGAAUCCUUUAUGAAACACUGAAGUAUGCUGGAAAAUAAUCUCUCUUUUAUGAAAUAUGGCUGUACAAUGAAAUAAAGAGAGAUGUGUGUAUCUGUUUUGGCCCCCUUUGCACUGAUCAGGGAACCCCAAAGUGUUUAUCUGUGAUAAUCUUGUCACAUAUUUGUGGUAUUGUGUCUAAUUUAACAGACCAUUAAAUGGAUGAUAAUGUUUUGUCCUG